GGUGUCUGUGAGGAAAUGACCUACGAAGAAAUCCAGAGUCACUAUCCACUGGAGUUUGCCCUGAGGGAUCAGGACAAGUACCGGUACCGGUACCCGAAGGGUGAGUCCUAUGAAGACCUGGUACAGCGACUAGAGCCUGUCAUCAUGGAGCUGGAGAGACAGGAGAAUGUGCUGGUCAUUUGCCACCAGGCUGUGAUGCGCUGCCUCCUGGCCUACUUCCUUGACAAGGCAGCUGAAGAGCUGCCCUACCUCAAAUGCCCCUUGCACACAGUGCUGAAGCUCACCCCCGUGGCUUACGGUUGUAAAGUGGAGUCCAUAUUCUUGAACGUGGCAGCUGUGAACACACACCGAGAAAGGCCUCAGAAUGUAGACAUAUCCAGGCCUUCAGAGGAAGCUCUUGUCACAGUCCCUGCUCACCAAUGACCACAUCGCAUCCAAGAGCCCUGGCAAGCCCUGGCUUCUCAGAGGGGUCGCUACAGGCCUCCUUGGUGUUUGCUGUGCUGAUGAUGUCACCAGGCAGGAACACUCCUUACACCCCAGGGGGGGCUGGUAACACUCGGACCCUCAGCCUCGCCUACCUGCCCCCUUGUUAACGGCAGGGUUGGGUAUGGCUGCUGACCUGCUGCUGUGAAUUCCUGGCUGUGUGCCCUGCUGCCAGCCCCUCUGCGACAGCUCUCAAGCAGUGCGCUCGCCAGGCUGGCUGCUUCGUGACGUGACGUUUGCAACCUUCCAUGUGACACUGAGGCAAAAAGCCUCACUAGGACCUCCCCACCGUGGCCCGGCAACCCCUGGAAGAGCCCUGCUGGCUUCUCUGUAGCCACUCUUGAAGGCAGAGGUUAGCUCGCAAUGGGACCUCGGGUGGGGGCUGCCCAGGCGACGUGGAGCAGAGGAGCUGUCACCCGCAUUUGCGGGCGCUCACGAGAACAGCAUGUUCUCUUUGGUGUAAACACUGAAAAAGCGUCGCCCCGUCCUCAUGCCUACCACGCUGUCCACUGAAAUCCAGGAUAGCUGGGGCCCAGGCUGCCUGACCCUGGACCGUCUCACAGGGGCCUUGCAAGGGCAGCUUCAUCAAGUACCUUCUUGGCGCGCACACCGAAGUGCUUAAGGAAGCUGGUCUCCCCUCCCUGGCCGUCACUGUCCACACAGGGCUGCACAAGGGGGCAUGUGGUAAGUGGCUCAGAACUGGUGGUCCUGUCAAGCUGUCCCCUUGUUUGUUGACCUCCACCUGCAGGACUGAAGAAGAAGACAAAACGCAGAGAUAGCUCCUGGCCAGGGGAGGAGUCCCUGGCCCCAUCCUAGUUUUAAUUCGUAUACAAAUUAAGCCCUAGUGAAAACCGCCUUAUGAAGCCCGGUGCCUCUCAUGCCCUGAGUUCUCAUGGGUCCAGGUAGCAAAUUCAGCUGCCCAGCAGGGUGAUAAGCAGGCUAGGAAGCAGAACAAGAAAGUUUCUAUGACAGUAACUGGUGCUCUUGCCAAGGGGAAGCCAGGCCCUGCACCCAAGAACCUUUCCAGCCCCAAAUAUGGCAGAGCAGUCCAGCCCUGCCAGCCCUGGGCUGUGUAGCUUGCGGAUGCCACCCGCCCGGAGAAGUUGGUGCCAUUACCCCCUAGCCAGCAGCUCCAGACAAACUGCUGCCUGGGUGGGGCUGGGACAGGACUCUCUGGGGCCCAGCUCAUCAGCCCUCCAAGCCCUAGCUUGGAGCCGGAAGACCAUACCACUGCCUUCGGGACAUGGGGUCUACGGCUUUUGCUCCCAUGUCUCUCAGAGUUUGAGUGAUGUUUGUCGCAUUAUCUGGACACACUUGUUAGCCAUAGCAGAUCCCUGUGGUCAGCGGCUGUUAAUAAAAGCUGGAUGCCACUUGAGGCGAAGACCACCAAAGCCUUUUUCCUCUGUGCCCAGGGAAGACAGGAAGCGUCGGACUCAGGUGUAAGAGUGGAGGGUUGAGGCCGAAGGAUGUCAGUGCGGCAGGACGUGUGCUGGAACGGCCCCUCGCCUCAAGCACCUAGAAGUGGCCUCUGCAAGGCAGCUGCAUGUAGGAGUGGCUGCCGUGUUUUAGCUGAGAUGGUUCAUGGGAGGAACUGCCGACUCUGUCCUGCUUUCCCUAGAAUGUAUGGUAGCGGGCUUCAGUUGUACAUUGCACUGUGUCCAGCAUUCUUUGCAAUAAAUAAUUUUUAAAAAACAGUAA